AGAAGAAAAAAGGAAAACAACAAUGACGUCAUCCGCUGUUACUCAGAACCGGGAGAGCUCGCGGAGUGUCGCGUCCUGACGUGCGAGCUCUUUAAAUCAUCAUUCACAAGAAACGUGAACUUCUUUCUGUCUUUUCUUCACGAAUAGUAUGUUUCGAAGUAUGUUUAAAUACGGGUCGGGUUAGUUUCUCUUGCUAACUUACUACACGUCACUGACAGUCCGUUGAAGCUGUUGAUGUGUGAUUCCUAGCACUAGCUGGAUGGGUUGGUAAAAGCACUGAAAUGCUCAAAAUGCUGUUUUUUUGUUUGCGGUCCAGUUAGCAAUAAGCUCUGAAGGAUUCGGAUCAGGGUUGGGAUCAGGGUUGGGGUUAAGGACUUGCACUGAUCUGUGUUUGGGCGGUGGCGAGGUUUCAUAAUCCUACAUUACCACACAGCUAGCUUUCACUGCCGGGUCAGCAUGCCGGGCAUGGUCGUGUUUGGUCGGCGAUGGGUCAUCGCAAGUGACGAUCUUGUAUUGCCAGGAGCAUUUGAGUUGUUUAUUAGGCUUGUCUGGUGGAUUGGGACCCUAGCUCUGUACGUCACCCGCAAAGGAAAGUUUGACUGUCAUGGAGGUUCCGUUCUUCACGGCUACCUUGUCGUUCUCCUCGUGCUGCUCGGCGUCAUCAUAGUGACCUUGUGUGCGGUCGUUUACGUCAGCGCGCAAGGUACCAUAAUGAACCCAGGUCCUCGACGCUCGAUGCCGGUCCUGGUGUAUGUUCGUGGAUUCCUUUUCCUCCCCGAGUUUGUGUGGGCCUGUCUGGGAGCCGUGUGGGUGUCCAAUUACAGUACAGGAUGCGAACCGGCUGAAGUUGGGCUCGUUGUUAGUACCGUGAUCGUUAGCUGGAUCAUCUUUAUCUCCAUGGUGGUGGGUGUGCUGGUUGUGUUCGACCCGCUGGGCAGCCUACGGCAUCCUCAUGUGACGGCCGAGCCUUUGGGCUUGAGGGAUCUGGAAAGUAACGAGUCCUCGCAGCUCUUUUACACGGCGCGCUCGCUGGCCGUACGUGUGUGGGAGAGCCGGCUGCGUCUGCUGUGCUGCCACCUGCCUCAGGACGACAACCACAGAGCGGCUUUCUCCAGCAUCUCCCAGCUCAUCAGCGAUUUCUUCUCGGACACGGACCUGGUGCCCAGUGACAUUGCUGCAGGUCUGGCCCUUCUACAUCAAGAGCAGGACAAAAUGCAGCAGUGCAAAGACCCGGAAGACGUUAUUUCCCACAGUCCCUCAUCCCCCAUAAGAGAAGAUCUGGAGAGCGAGCUUGAGAAAGCAGCACAUUACAUGCAGUUCGCUGUAGCUGCUUAUGGCUGGCCCAUUUAUGUCUACUUAAAUCCUCUGACAGGAUUCUGCAAGCUGAGUGGUAACUGCUGUCAUCAUCGUAAUGCGACGGAGUACGACCUGGUCGGAGGCGACAACCCCGGCUGCCAUUUCAGCUCCAUCUUGCACAUGACAGAACUACAGUACCGAGACUUCAUUCACGUCAGCUAUCAUAAUCAGAUAUAUGAGAUCCCAUUCUUUGUUGCUCUGGAUCAUAAGAGGGAGGCUGUGCUGGUUGCUGUGAGGGGAACACUAUCGCUGAAGGACGUGCUGACGGACCUCUCUGCCGAGUGUGAGAACCUGACUGUGGACGGUGUGUCAGGAGCCAGCUAUGCACACAAGGGCAUAUCCCAAGCAGCUGGUUAUAUUUACAAGAAGCUGGUUAACGAUGGCAUCCUGAGGCAGGCUUUCAGCAUUGCUCCUGCGUACAAGUUGGUCAUCACGGGUCACAGUCUGGGUGCAGGCGCAGCAGCACUUUUGGCUGUCCUCCUCCGCAGUACUUACAGCACACUGCAGUGCUACGCUUUCUCACCACCAGGGGGCCUCAUGAGUAAAGCGCUGACUGAAUACUCCAAGCAGUUUGUGAUCUCUGUGGUUCUGGGAAAGGAUCUGGUUCCCAGAUUGAGUAUUCCAAACAUGGAAGAUUUGAAGAGGAGGCUAUUAAAGAUGGUGUCUAAUUGCAGUAAACCGAAGUACAAAAUCCUCUUGCACGGCUGCUGGUAUGAGGUGUUUGGCGGAACCCCAGAUGACUUUCCCACAGAAAUGGAGAACCGGCGGGAGGAGCAACUGACUCGACCUUUGCUCGGCGAGGAGAGCCUGUUGGUGCGUGGUUCCACCUCCUACCAGAGCCUGUCUUCAGACGACUCCCCCACCAACACCACCCACCUCCCGCUCUACCUGCCUGGCCGCAUCCUAUACAUCACAGAGGAGGGACCCUCGCGCAGGCUGUGCUUCUCUCAGGUGCGUUACCGUGCCGAGUGGUCGAGUGCGACGGCGUUCAACAGUGUGCUGAUCAGCCCGCGCAUGCUCGUCGACCACAUGCCAGACGUGGUCCACAAGGCGCUGCUCAGCCUCACAAAGGAGCGACACUCGUCCCUCUGCCCCUCAUCUGCCAGCAACGCUCACCUGAACGUCAUCUGAGCUCCUUCUGCCUCCGGCUCAGAUCCUGAAAUGACUGUGGCAGUGAAUGCACAACACGGCUGGAGGGAGCUGCGCCGUUUAAGACCCUGCUGCCUCAGCCUCGAGAGCCGUUCGGCUCUUUCGGAUUUUAUCAAUAUGUUGUCAUUUGCCAUUUCGUUGCUGUAUACAUGCAUCGGUCUUAGUGUUCAAAGCCCAGUGUGUAUUUCUCAACAGUAAGUCAUAAUGCUACGUUUAUGAAAGUCAUUAUUUUUAUUUAUUUGUGGAAAACUCAAGAUUGACAAUUAGGACAUGUAAGGGAAAGACAUUUAGGUAACUGUGUAGCAGUGGUGUCCUGUUUGGUGCUUUAUGUUUAUUGAGACUUCAGGUUCUGUGAAGAGUGCUACGAGAUCAGAGCAAGAACGUCAUAAUCACACAACUGCCAAUGUGCAGAUGCAGAUUUGAUGUACAUUCAGUUUGCAUGAGAACUAUUAAAUGUGGGCUCAUUUACUACAAUACAUGUCUUGCUCAUAAACAUUCUGGCUGUGACAUUUUUCAUAAUUAAUAAAUGUCAGUGAGAAUCA